AUCUUCUAUAUAAAUACCCCAAGUUAUCCUCCCCGGAUUUGCUGUUCUCUUAAACUUACUGUUUGUAAUUCAGGAUAGACUGUAUUCCAUAUAAUUAAGAAACUUGCCUUUCACUUGUUUUAUAUUUCAUUUAGUACACCCACAUACCUUAGUAAUAUCAUAUAAUGGCUUCCACAUCUUCGCAAAAAUCAGUUAAUACUUCUUUAGAAGAACAUACACCUUUAGGAAAGGUCCAAAUCGCCGGUGAAGGUGGUGAAUAUGUUAUCAUCAAUAAGAAUAAAUACUACAGACAUGAUUUAAUGGCUGCUUUCGGUGGUAACUUGAACCCUGGUGCUUCUCCAUACCCAACCAUCAACAUUAACCCUGCUCCUCUUGGGUUAUGUGGAUUCGCUUUAACCACCUUUGUUUUAUCUUUAUACAAUGCUCAAGCUAUGGGUAUUACCAUUCCAAAUGUUGUUGUUUCUCUUGCUUGUUUCUAUGGUGGUGCUGCCCAAUUCUUUGCUGGUUGUUUUGAAUUUGUUGCUGGUAACACCUUUGGUUUCACUGCUUUAACCUCAUAUGGUGCUUUCUGGUUGAGUUACGCUGCUAUUUUCAUAGAAAGUUUUGGAAUUCUUGAGGGAUAUGCUGAUGCUGAAGAACAAAUUCCAAAUGCUGUUGGGUUCUUUUUAAUUGGAUGGGCUAUCUUUACAUUCAUCUUGUGGUUGAACACUUUCAAGGCUACCGUUCCAUUCUGUGCUUUGUUCUUCUUUUUAUUCGUCACUUUCUUGUUAUUGGCCGGUGGUGAAUUUAGUGGACAUGUUAAUGUGGGUCGUGCUGGUGGUGUUUUCGGUGUCAUUACUGCCUUCAUCGCCUGGUGGAACGCAUAUGCCGGUGUGGCCACUCCUUCAAACUCAUACUUGCAACCAAUCUAUAUUCCAAUGCCAGGAAACCAAUUAAAGAAAGACUAAAUUUCUUGACUAUUUAUUUCAUAUUUAUUUCAUAGUUUAAUUUUAAUGCAACAAUGACGUUUAUUUAAUGUUUAGAACUUAUUACUUUAAUAUAUGCCGUAUUAUGACAC